GGCGCUUCAAGCUACAACUCUUGUUUGCCGGCAUUGUGGCGACCACAGCCGGACUCCUAUAAAAGUGGGUUCGCUCUUCGAAUGCCGUUCAGUGCUACUUCUCAUUUGGUACAGUGUACAUCGCGAGAUUCACAACAGAAGAAAAAAAUUAAAAUGGCUGACUUCUACUACCUGCCCGGCUCCUCCCCCUGCCGCUCCGUGAUCAUGACCGCCAAGGCCGUGGGCGUCGAGCUGAACAAGAAGCUGCUCAACCUGCAGGCCGGUGAGCACCUGAAGCCCGAGUUCUUGAAGAUCAAUCCCCAGCACACCAUUCCCACGCUGGUGGACAACGGAUUCGCGCUGUGGGAGUCCCGCGCCAUCCAGGUGUACCUGGUGGAGAAGUACGGCAAGACCGACUCGCUGUACCCCAAGUGCCCCAAGAAGCGCGCCGUGAUCAACCAGCGCCUGUACUUCGACAUGGGAACGCUGUACCAGAGCUUCGCCAACUACUACUACCCACAGGUGUUCGCCAAGGCGCCCGCCGAUCCCGAGGCCUUCAAGAAGAUCGAGUCCGCCUUCGAGUUCCUGAACACCUUCCUGGAGGGACAGGAGUACGCCGCCGGUGACUCCCUCACCGUGGCCGACAUUGCCCUGGUGGCAUCCGUGUCCACGUUCGAGGUGGCCGGAUUCGAGAUCAGCAAGUACGCCAAUGUGAACAAGUGGUACGAGAACGCCAAGAAGGUGACUCCCGGAUGGGAGGAGAACUGGGCCGGAUGCCUGGAGUUCAAGAAGUACUUCGAAUAAGCCUGAUAUUCACGUUUUAAUACCCGUACAUAUGAUGUAGUAUUUAUAUUCACGUUCACAAACAACAAUUCCAAAUUCGCCUGUCUACAAAGACAAUAAAUAAGUGUUCGUUUUUUUGAAUGCACAAAAUACAAA